AUGCCUGACCCGAGCCAUCUCCUGCCACAUGGCGGCCAUAUCGAGCUCCAUCGAAGUAGUUUUCCCGUGAAAAUUCGACACCAUUUGAGCCGAACCAGCUGGCGCGGGAAACGAACGCAUGAGCGUGGGCGUCUCGGUAAUGCCGUUGAUGAUGUAUCUGAAGCUGAGAUACGCAUCAUCGAGUGGUACUUUGCCAAACUGGAAAUCCUUUACGAAAUUGUCGCCGGGGCUGUCCCCGCUGCGCUGGUUGCGAGACUUUGA